CAAAAAUAGUCAAAACCUUAUAAAGGUUAGGUCGAAACUUUUUUCUAAGCUUUUGGUUUGCGAUGGAGGAGGAAGAUGAUUAUAUGUCUGAGACUUUUCUUUUAAAUACAGAGUCAAUUAGGCCUGGUUUGUUAAAUAAGCAACAGAAGCGGCAGUGUAUAAUUACAAAAAGAAAAAAAGAGACUGAUUUGAAAAUAAAAAAUUUAGGAAAUAUGGAAUCAAUUAAUCGAGAUCAUUAUUUAAAAAUACCAUUAUCCAGUGAAAAUAUUGGAUUUAAACUACUUUCAAAAAUGGGCUAUAGACCAGAUGAUGGAAUUGGGAAAAAAAAUAAAUCGAAUAUUGAACCCAUAUCAUUCUCUAUUAAAAGUGAUAGGAAAGGUAUUGGGCAUGCAAAUGACAUGUUAAUAAAAUAUAAGGCUUUACAAUCCAAAAAACUAAAAUUAGAUUUAAUUGAAAACAAAAACCUUGUAAAUGAAUAUAUACAAUCAUCAAAAGAAAAACUAGCAUAUAAAAAAUUGAAAACAUUACUGGAAAAAUCUAAAAGAAUUUGCAAUAAUCUAGAAGAAGAUACUCAAUUAGAUCAAGAUAUAACAGUACCAAAUAAUAUUAAUGGUAAUCUAACACAACCUAUCAAAGAAUCUAAUGAUGAUUUUGAUGAAUUAUAUGACAAAGAAAGAUUUACCGAUAGUGAAAUUGAUGACCAAGAAUCAGAAGAAGAACUCACCAUAGAAUCUAUGGAAAAAAAGUUUGAAAAUAUUAUAGCCUACAUGAGAACCACUUACAAUUAUUGCUUUUGGUGUGGAGUUAAAUAUAAUCAUUUUGAUGAUAUGGAAAGUAAUUGUCCAGGACUGACUGAAGAUGAACAUUAAACAAACGAUUAAUAUUAUACAUAUUUUUUUUGUAUAUUCAUUUUAUUUAUUAUUAUAUGUAUAUAAAGGAAAAUUAUUUAUUUAGUAAAAUUGUGGAAAUACA